CUUCCCUCGUAUCGUUACAACCACCAACAGCACGGACUAUUCCGCGCCGCGGAUGCCGCCCUUCUGGUAGAGGUUGCUUGCUGCUUACCUACAUUCCAUUCAUGCCGACCCUAGAUCUAGGUUCGAUCGAUGAUAGCAUGGAGGAGGAUCCCCACCACCAACGGGGCCACUGCUGUGCAUACGCCUCCUAGGAUGGGUCGUCCAUCGGAGGUCGUGUGGCGGUGGUAACAAUGAUGGAGUGGUUGAGUCAAUCUAGUCGAGCAGGAGAUCCUGCCCUUGGUAAGAGCAUGCAGAACUCUUCAAGAAUGGGACUUGUGGACAGGUUGGUUUGUCGGUUCAUUGCCAUUGAUUUUGCUCAGCAUUGUGAUUGAACUUCCUCCAUUCAACGACCAGUAGGUGGUUUGCAGCAGUUGACAGUAUGGGAAAGAGGAGAAUACUUGUGGGCUACGGGAUCGAUGUCGACGCCUGUUCCAGUCCCAUCAACACGCGCGACGGAGCCAAGCCCGACCUAACAAACAUUUCACGAGGCACCUUCGGGGCCACUGUCGGGGUGCCUCGGCUUCUGGACCUGUGGAAGAAAAAAACCAUCAAGUGCUCCUGGUACAUCCCUGGCCAUACCCUGGAGACCUUCCCUGAAGAAAUGGCUCUGAUUCGAGACGCCGGGCACGAAAUCGGACUACAUGGAUACACCCACGAGUAUCCGGGGGACCUGACUCGCGAGCAGUUCGAGGCGACGUUGGUGAAAACCAUUGAUAUCACAACCAGAUUCUGCGGAAUGAAGCCAAAGGGAUUCACCGCGCCGGCGUGGAAGACCAGUCCGGACAUGGUCGAUGUGUUAGAACAGCACGGCAUCGAGUAUGAUCAUUCUUUCAUGCAUCACGACUUCAAACCCUACUAUGUGCCGUACGGCCGUGAAUGCUUCCAGGCAACGGACUACAAGAACCACCCAGAGACAUGGAUGGUGCCCAUGAAGCAGAGUGCAAAGUCCAAUGUGGUCGAGAUUCCGGGCAACUGGUCCAUCGACGACUGGCCGCCUUUCCAGUUUGAUCCUUGGUCGGUAUCCCAAGGGUACGUUGAUCCGUUCAACAUUGAGCGGCAAUGGCAAGAACAGUUUCAGUGGUGUUACGAAAAUUAUGACACGUUCAUCUUUCCCAUCAGCAUCCAUCCGCAGGUCAGCGGGCGACCUCAUAUCCUCAGAAUGCACGAGAGGUUCAUCGACUGGGUGAACCGCGAGCAUGAAGGUGUGGAAUGGUGUACGUUUGCCACGAUGGCACAAGAAUUCAGGGAGGGAAGGAUAUAAUCAUAGGGCAGGGUUAGAGGAACGGAGGUCAGCGAAGCCAAACCUGGUCCGACUGGCAUCUCGUUCUCCGAAAGAUGUUCAUAUCCGUUCCUUCUAAGAAUGGACUGUGCCGCAACAGACAGCUCAUUGAAUGUUCAUCUGGAUUGACACUCUGUCGGUGCUCUUACGACAGCGUGUAGACUCUGGUCGCGACAUCUGAGUGCAAGCAAGUGUUGGUCGACUGGAAGGCAGCUGAGAAAUGCUGGCGCCAAGGCUGGAUUCGUGAAUGCUAGAAGACCUUCUUCAUGCCCCUACGAUAGGAGACAAGCAAUACACAGGGAUAUGACGAGGACGCGGAGCGUUGGCGUGCAACUCAAGGCAGCAAAGGUCAAAUCAACCUGUACAAACGACGGACAUAUAUGCUUACUAAUACACACCGGCUGGAGUUGUAUCACGUGAGACGGAGGCACGUGAUACGGAGUAGUCGGUAAUCGUCACGUGCAAGAAGGAUCAAAGUCAAGACCUGAGCGGGCUGAUUCAAUUCUUUCAAAAUGUUGUCCGAUUUACGACAACACAUUUCAUUGCUUCGUAUUAUUACAUAAUGCACACUCUCUAUCUGGGAUCGUGUAGUAGUGCUAAGCACUGGUGGAGGAGAGUGCAAGGGCCGAUCCUUUGUGAAAUCUUGUCUCAAAGCCGGCAACACGGCUUGAUCAAUCGGCCCAAAUGUUCGUGACAUGUGGUAUUUCCUUGCAAGAGCCCCUCUCGACCAAAUGAUCGCCGGGCACUGAAGGGUAGUCAUUCAGGAAAACCGUGAAAUUCGGUUCCCAAGUCUCUGACGACAUAGGUUAUGGGGUAAUUGUCUGGAGCUCCGAGCUCACCGCCAGAGGGUGGCGCUGUCGGGGAGUACUCUGAAGAUGGUGUUGUCAUGAGCGGAUCGCUCUGAAAUCAUGAUUCUCGCAUGGGAAAUGACGUGAGGUUGGCGUAGUUGUACAGUGUUCGAACUCAGUCCGAACCUCAGCUCCCAUUAAUGAGCCGCACCAAAGCCACAGCGGCGCCGGCUGCCAGUACACCUACAACGAGCAUCUGCAGGGCUCCGCCUAUACAGGCCCGGUAGUUGUCAC